GAAUCACUCAGUACAGCGAAUUAUCGUGUGUGUGAAACUGACAUUCUGACAAUUGAAUUGAGUAAAUACUUAAAAUUUUGAAUUAAAAUUUGUGUAAUUUUAUAUUAAUUUAAUAAAAUGCUUAAAAAAUCGUUGAUAUUAUGCCGAAAAAUUGAUUGUAAUAUAUUACGAAGUGUUUCAACUUCGAAUAUUCCUCCCAAAUGGGACUUGUUUGGCGCUGUUUGUUUAGAACGAAAACCUAUUAUAAUUCCCGAACUUACAAACAUAGAAAAAACUUUUCAAGAAUAUUUAAGUAAAGUUGAAUUCGAAAAAAGUAUGAAAUCACUUCAUGAAAUUCGUCAUGAACAAGAUAUCAUUACUGCAGAGGCUUUAAAAAAGGGUGAAUUAAGUGAUUUGGAUAUAGACGCAACCACAAAACAAACAGCUCAAGAUUUUGAAGAUGCCUGUAAUGAAGAGUUAUUAAAAUUUAAAUUUGCUAGUACUAUCACAGAAGAUGAUAAGAAAAAUAAUACCAAGUCAUUAGAUCGAAAACUAAGCAAACAUUUAGUUCUUGUAACGGAACAUGUAAUUGGAAACAAGAAAUAUUUUCUCUUACCUCAAAGUUUGAGACAUGAUGGUGAAACUUUACGACAGACGGCGGAGCGAAUUUUAAAACAGACCUGCGGAGAUAAUAUUAAAGCACAAAUUUUUGGCAAUGCUCCUGUUGGAUUUUAUAAGUUUUAUUAUCCCAAAGGCUCAAAUAAUGAAAGUAAAGGGGCAAAGGUAUUUAUUUAUUUUGCAAGACAUUUGAGUGGGCAAAUAACGGAAAAAUCUGUCAAUUAUCAGUGGUUAGAUCGAAAAGAAUUGGAAACAAUUUUACCGAAUGACUACAAUAAAAGUGUUCAAAAAUUUUUAAUCGAUGAAUCGUAAAACAU